UGUGUUUUCAAUAAAGUUUCAUAUGUGACGUAACGUCUUUCACGAGUGGCGUGGAAUGGAGGACACGCGGAAAAGUGCAGACUCAGGCGAGAUGAACAAACUUCCCCAAAGGAUCCACAAGAAGAAGGAGAAAAUGAAGCGGAACGUCGAGCAAAAGGAGCAAGACGAGAUGUUCAGCAUCAACAGUAAGCGGUCUGACAGAGAAGACUCAGACAGCGAGGAGAGCGUCUAUUCUGGACUUGAGGAUUCGGGGAGCGAUAGUGACGAUGAAGAUGGAUUUUGCCAUGAUGACGAAGAAGCACAACAGGACAACUGCUUGAACAAUGGAGACUGUGGAAAGAAAGAAGAGUAUGACCACGACUCAUCCGACGAAGAAGAUAUCAGGAACACAGUGGGGAACAUUCCCAUGGAAUGGUACAAAGACUUCCCUCACAUUGGCUACGAUUUGGACGGGAAAAAGAUUUACAAGCCAAUCAGAAACAAGGACGAGCUAGAUGAGUUCUUAGAGAAAAUGGAGAACCCCGACUACUGGAGAACCGUCACUGACAAGCAGACCGGAAGUGACAUCAUCCUGUCAGACGAGCAAGUGGAGCUGGUGAAGCGGCUGCAGCGAGGACAGUUUGGCGAUGGCAACUUUGAUGAGUACCAGCCUUCGGUGGAUUUCUUCACUAAAGACGUGAUGCUUCAUCCUGUGACCAACAGACCAGCUGACAAGCGCAGCUUCAUCCCGUCACUUAUUGAGAAGGAGAAGGUCUCCAAACUGGUCCACGCCAUCAAGAUGGGCUGGAUUAAGCCUCGUCGAGGGGAGGAUGACAGUAGGGGGCACUACUAUGACCUAUGGGGCAAUGAAGACUCUUCUCUUUUGGCCAGACACAGAAUGCACCUCCCUGCCCCUAAAAUCCCCCUCCCUGGUCACCAAGAGUCCUACAACCCUCCACCAGAGUACCUGUUCACCGAUGAAGAGCGAGCUUUGUGGGAGCAGCAGGAUCCUUCAGACAGGAAGUUGCCCUUUGUUCCCAGGAAGUUCUCCAGCCUCCGUCAGGUCCCAGCGUUUCCUCGUUUCAUCCAUGAGAGAUUUGAGCGUUGCCUGGACCUUUACCUGUGCCCUCGCCAGAGGAAGAUGAGGGUCAACGUGGAUCCAGAAGAUCUGAUUCCAAAGCUGCCUAAACCUAAGGACCUGCAGCCCUUCCCUACCACUCAGUCGCUGGUUUAUCGAGGUCACAGUAGUUUGGUUCGUUCAAUCAGUGUUUCUCCUUCAGGACAGUGGCUUGCUUCAGGAAGCGAUGACGGCUCUGUCAGGUUCUGGGAGGUCAGUUCGUCUUGCUGUGUCAAGGUGGUCCAGGUGGGCAGAGCAGUGAAGAGUGUGUGUUGGAAUCCCAACCCGUCUGUCUGUCUAUUGGCUGUCGCCCUGGAAUCACUGGUGUUGAUCCUGUCUCCCUCGUUAGCAGACAGAGAGGUCAUCUUGGCCUCAGAACGUCUCCUUGCUGGUCAGCAGGAGGCGGGGCCUACAGACGCUGUUGGGCCUGUUACCUGGGCUGACUCUGAAAGGGAGGAGCAUAACCACGGCAUCCGCCUCAAAAUCCAACAUCCCAAAGCUAUCCAGCAGGUGAUGUGGCACGCAAAAGGUGACUAUCUAGCGUCUGUGAUGCCGGAUCACUCCAGCCAUCAGCAGGUGUUUAUCCACCAGCUCAGCAGAAGACGGAGCCAGAACCCCUUCAGGCGCAACAAAGGCCUGGUUCAGUGUGUAUCCUUUCACCCCAUCCGGCCUUACUUCUUUGUGGCAACCCAGCGCUCCAUCCGUAUCUACAAUCUGGUCAAGCAAGAGAUGACCAAGAAACUCCAGGCCAACUCCAAGUGGAUCUCCAGCAUGGCUGUCCAUCCUGGAGGUGAUCAUGUGAUCUGUGCAAGUUACGACUGCCGACUGAGCUGGUUUGACCUCGACCUCUCAACCAAACCAUACAAAAUGCUACGACAUCAUAAGAAGGCAGUGAGGGGCGUGGCCUACCACAAACUUUACCCACUAUUUGCCUCGGCAUCUGAUGAUGGCUCAGUGAUCGUCUGCCAUGGGACUGUAUACAAUGAAGAAAAUGUUUGGAAACUCUGUGAGUUCAUCAAGAAGGAAGGAAGUGCGCCUCUAGGAGAAAUCUUUGUGCUUUUCAUCUCGAAUGACAACAGAAUGAUUCCAUUGUGGAAGCAGAAGUCUGCACAUGGAGACCAGCCCAUGAUUUGGGAUUAUCACGUGGUUCUGCUUCACGUCUGUGGUGAGUCUGAGCCUGUGGUGUACGAUUUGGACUCGGUGAUGCCUUUUCCCUGCAGCCUGGAGCUGUACGCCCAGCACGCCCUACGCACAGACCACAGCAUCAAGCCCGUGUACCACAGAUCGUUCACACAUGAAGAACGCCGACGGGUCCUGGAAGAUGCCCCCCCCAUCGUACCCCCCGAUUUCUACUGCAGGUCAGAGGUCAUCAGUAGAAAAGACUUGGUAGGCGGGUGAUCUGUUUGCUGGUCCUCCACAGACUCCCACAUGAACCUGGAUGACUUCAUCAGCAUGGAGCCUGCCGUGGGAUGGGGGAACGUUUUCACCUUGGACCACUUCCUGCAGCGCUUCGUCAAAGACUCUUCUUUACGUUAGCGAAGCAUUUCUCCUGCUUUGGCAGCUUCAUUACAUGACAUCCAAUCAAAUUACAUCCACAAAGUCUGUGUGGGGGUGUGUGUGUGUGCAUUUUUUGGUGGUGGUGGUGGGGGGGGGUUGGAACUGCUCAGCACUGAGGUGUCAGCUAGUCAUAUGCAAGUCGAUACUGAGAUGUUGACACCUCUCAUUUCUUUAUGCUGUAAAAUUCAUUCUUAAAUUAGAAUAUGGAUACUUUGAUACUUCAUGCUGGAGAGGGGUGAUGUACAGUAUAUGAGUAACAGGAACACUGGGGGCAGUAAGUAAAUGAUUUAGAUCUUGGACAUGGAUGAAAAAACAUUUGAUGGGUAAAAAAAAAAAAAAAUUAAGAGACCUCACAAAAGUUUUGCUUUAUCUCCCCCCCAAUUUUUUUUUUUUUUU